AUUAAACCAAACCGAAGAUCUGGAAAAAUCCGCAAAGAGAGAGAGAGACUUGUGAGUUUCCAAAUAAGCUUCCUCCUUUUGAUCGGAGAAUCAAUCAAUCAAUCGCCGUGUCUGUGGAAAUAUCUUCUUAGAUUUGGAUCCGAUGGCGAAACAGUAUGUGAAAGCGGUGGCGGCGCCGGAUAUGAACAGGAACACGGAGUGGUUCAUGUAUCCAGGGGUGUGGACGACUUAUAUACUGAUAAUCUUCUUCGGGUGGCUCGCUGUGCUCUCCGUCUCUGGCUGUUCCCCUGGGAUGGCUUGGACCGUUGUUAAUCUCUCUCACUUCCUUGUAACAUAUCACAGCUUCCACUGGAUGAAAGGAACGCCUUUUGGGGAAGACCAAGGCAUCUACAAUGCUCUCACCUGGUGGGAACAGAUGGACAACGGUCAGCAACUUACCAGCAACCGCAAGUUCCUCACCGUCGUUCCCAUUGUCCUGUACUUGAUAGCAUCGCAUACAACAGAUUACAGACAUCCAUGGCUGUUGCUCAACACCCUCGCUCUCAUGGUUCUUGUUGUUGCCAAGUUCCCCAACAUGCACAAGGUUCGCAUCUUCGGCAUCAAUGCUGACAAAUAAAGUAAGUCAGCUUCUUCUCAGUUCCAUCUCUCUUAUGGUCAGAGAACAGGGAAGGAAGAAGGAAAAGGGGAUAUAACCAAAACAUAUGUAUGUGUGUAAAUGUUCAUAUGAAUUGGUUUAUUUAUUUAUUCGAGAGUUAUGCUUGCUGGAUAUUUUGUAAAGUAACUUAAUUUUGAAGCUUCGAUCUUCUUAUUCAUAAUCUUUUCCUGUC